AUGGUCUUGUCUUUUCUCAAUUCGUACACUUUUGGUCUGAAGCUUCUUAGGCUUUUUGUCAUUCUCUAUGUAACAAUGGCGGCCUUUAUCAAUCUUGAGGAUUCGCCAAAGAAAAACAGGAGGAGCAGCGAUACAUUGUUGUGCUCAUCAAUCAUAGCCGGAUUGGAGUCCAUGUGCUCAUCAAUCAUUGAUGAAAUGGUGCUACUUGCGGGAAAAUUCAAGGAGACAUGUCUAGUGACAAGAGAAUCUGUGCUUCACCAACAAAAGAUUCUCGACUCUAUCGACAGGGCCAUUGAGCAGAGCUUAGCGAGCACGGGGCACGCAAAUGUUAGGGCCUCGAAGAUAUAUUCAGAGAGUUCAAAGACGAGUCGUGUAGAGUGGAUCUUGAGUUUGGUGUCCAUGUUUGUUUUCAUAAUUGUUGUCUUGUUGAUCCGUGCCACGUAG